GUGCCUGCGUCGCCUUGGAAACGGGAGCAUCCGCGGCGCGGCUGGGAGACCCGCCCCUGGAGCUCCUACCACACUCGCUGGCGCUGCCCCUUAAUAGCCGAGGGGAGUCCCGAGCCCGACCCGCAGCUGGCCUCGGCCUCGACCCGGGCCCCUCCGCAAACGCUUCUGUGACCCAGGGAAUCGGGGAGCACUUGCUGCUCGUGGCGCCGAGAGGGCGGCGCUGACACCGGCGCGGGUCAGGAGGCGAGGCGAGGCGAGGCAGGGCGCUUUCGCCCCGGGGCGAGCCGGACGCACGCCGGCCUCCGGCCUCUCGUGGGGUCCUCGACCCGCAGGCUCUUCCCGGCCUCCCGGAUCCUGCCGCGCCCUCCGCCCGGGGCUCACCUCCUCACGUCGGCUCCCCGCCCCUCUCAGAAGCCUCCCCUUCCUCGGCUCCUCCCUGUCCCUCCGGGGACCUCUCCCCUCCCCCGCCCCCAUUCCGGAGGCCGGGCUGCACCGGACCCAGAGCUGCCACCACCCGCCUCUGCCGUUCAAUGGAGGACGGUCUGCUGGAGAUCAUGACCAAGGACGGCGGCGACAUGCCGGCACCUCUGGAGGUGUCCACCGUGCCGGCCGUGGGGGACGUGAUCUCCGGCGAGUACAACGGCGGCAUGAAGGAACUAAUGGAGCACCUGAAGGCCCAGCUGCAGGCCCUGUUUGAGGACGUGCGGGCCAUGCGGGGGGCCCUGGACGAGCAGGCCUCGCACAUCCAGGUGCUCUCAGACGACGUGUGUGCCAACCAGCGGGCCAUUGUCUCCAUGUGCCAGAUUAUGACCACUGCGCCCCGCCAGGGCGGCCUGGGCGUGGUCGGAGGCAAGGGGAGCUUCCCGGGAGCCCCCCAAGAGCCCGAGACCCCUUCGCCUGGGAUCGAGGGCAGCGGUUUGCUGGGUCGAGACCCUGAGGACGAGGAGGACGACGACGAAGAGAAGGAAAUGCCCCGCUCCUCCACACCCCCUAGUCCCUGUGAGCGCGCCGAGAGCCCCUGUGCCGGUCUCCUUGGGGGGGACGGGCCACUUGUGGAGUCCCUCGAUCUCCCCGACAUUACCCUGCUGCAGCUGGAGGGCGAGGCCUCCCUGUGAGGGGACUCCGAGGGCCACUACUUUCCCGAGCUGGCUUUGGGUUUCCGAGUGCAUGACGCGAGUGGACUGAACAAGCGGUGCAGCAGCUUCACUCCGACCGCUGCCCUUGUGGUUCAGGCAGAGAGAGACUCCUUGAGGAAGGAUUUAUAGGGUGAAGGACUUUGGGAGCAUCAAGAAUUCUUUCUGCCUAAUCAAGCGAGAGACGUAGCAAACUGCAGAAAGGUGAGGUUCUGGGAGAGGAAGCGCCCAUCUCUGGACUCCCAUCCAUCCCCUACCUUCUCCUCCCGCCCCCACCCCAGACAACGGGAGAACCCCUGAAUUGUGUAAAUAAAAAUCUGCUUUUUCUAUUCUGAAAAAGGACUUAUCUAGGA